AUGCGGCUCCUGGACUGGUUCGAGGUGCCCGAGGGCUUCGCGCUGCUCAUGGAGCAUCCGCAGCACUGGCAGGACCUCUGGUACUUCCUGCACGAACAGUGGUUCCUGACGGAGCCCGUGGUGCAGGGGCUGCUCAGCCAGGUGCUGGAGGCCGUGUGGUGCUGCAGCAGCCGGGGUGUCCUGCACCGUCACAUCAAGGCCGAGAACAUCCUCGUCGACCUGGCCACGGGCAAGGUGAAGCUCAUCGACUUUGGGUGCGGCACAAUCCUCCAGGACACAUUCUACACCUGGAUGUCGGCACCCAGGAGCAGCCCGCAGGAUCCAAACUUGGCCCACCUGAUCCGGGCAAUGCAGUCAGGAUCCCAGCGCUGCCCACAGGAUCCAGGCUCUGACCACAGGAUCCAGGCUCUGACCAAACGAUCCCGGCGCCACCCUCAGGACGCCAUCCCCCCCCCCCCCGCCCAAGAGCCCAUUGUGACGUUUGGGGCUGCGCCCUGA